AUGAGCUCUAAUUUUGUUUUUCUUGGACUUGUUCAUAUAGAUAAUGGAAAAUAAGGAAUAGAAAGAGUGAAAAAUAUUGUCAAAAUUACAGACUUUCCUGAUAAUUCACUUCAUACAUACUUAGAGGUACCCCAUAUCUAUGCUGAGAAGAGAAAUGAACUGUAAAACAGAAAUUGGCCAUUUAUUACCUAAUUUGUUAAUAAGUCUGAAUAUUUGAUUGUUUUAAGAAGAGAAGCAAAUCAAAAAUGGGUAGACUAGAUUAGAAUUGAAGAAUUCAUAAUAUAAAAUCUAUCUAGCGAUUUAUCUCAAUAAGAUUGGAGAAAUAAGGCCACACAAAUUUUAUUAACUUGGGAUCUAGCUGAGACUAAUUUGAGAAUUUCUGAUUAAAAUGAUAAAACAAGCAAUAAUUUUGCUAAAUAUGGCUAGAUUUAUUUGCUAUUGGCAGUAAUAUCAUUCAUCGCGAUCAAUAUACUUAAACAUUUUAUAUGAAGCGAAUUAAUAUUAUUCACAAGAAUCCUAUUAUAUUUUA